AUGAACCCAGACCGCGACGACUGCAACGAGCACGGGUCAGACCCGCUCGUCAUUGAGAACGACGCCGACGUCGCCAAGCACGCGGCGGGCGUGCAGGACGCCAAGACCAAGGGCGUGCUCGCCAUCGACAUGGACGAUGUUUUGUGUAACACGAACCAGACGAUUGUUGACAUGCACGCCGACCUGUUCCCCGACAAGGCGAACCCGCCCAUCUCUAUCGACGAGUUUGAGCACUACCUCUACUGGCAUAACCGUGGAUGGGGGACGCAGGAGGAGACGGUCGACAUGGUCGGCAAGCUGUACCGCGCGGGGCUGAUGGACCGUCCCAAGCUGCUGCCAGGGGCGCGCGAAGGCCUCACCAAGCUCAAAGGCAUGGGGUACUCGCUCAUCGUCAUCACGGCUCGCAGCGAGGUACAGCGCGAGGGUACCGAGGCGUGGCUGGAGGACAACCUCCCCGAUCUCUUCGACGAGAUUCACUUUACCGGCGCGUUCAACCACCUCAUUCCCGCGACGCACGCCGAGCACGAGGGACACGCGGCCAAGCGCGCAGUCGUGUCGCACAAGAAGCGCACAAAACACGAGGUCAUGAAGCAGACUGGCGCCAUGCUCCUCGUCGACGACAGCGCCGAGAACGCACUCGCAGCUGCCAAGGCCGAUGAGCCGCCGCGCGUGCUCCUCUUCGGAAGUUAUCCGUGGAACGCCGAGAUCGUAGCUCCCGGGGAGGCGCACCCCCACGACAAGAUGAUCUACAUCGACUGUGAGCAGUGCGGACAGCUACCCGCGCGUCGACAGCGCCGGCAGGCUCGCAUCGACCAAGGAUGGCUCCCUGACAACGUCACGCGCGUUCACGACUGGAACGCCGUCGUGCAGUGGAUCGAAGGGCAUGAGAAGGGACAGAACAAGCUGUGA